AUGGCUCCCCCGCUCCUCCUCGUCAUCUUCCUCCUCCCGGCCCUCGCUGCCGCCCACGAGCGCCCGUCCUCUUACGGCUCCUCCGCCCUCACCGAAUGGCGCAACGCCAAGGCCUCCUACUUCUCCAUCGACCCCGAAGACGCCGUCGGCGGGGCGUGCGGGUUCGGGGAUCUGGGGAAGCACGGGUACGGGAUGGCCACGGUGGGGCUGAGCACGGCGCUGUUCGAGCGCGGCGCCUCGUGCGGCGGCUGCUACGAGGUCAGGUGCGUGGAGGACCUCAAGUACUGCCUCCCCGGCACCUCCAUCGUCGUCACAGCCACCAACUUCUGCCCACCCAACUACGGCUUCCCCGCCGACGCCGGCGGCGUCUGCAACCCGCCCAACCACCACUUCCUCCUCCCCAUCCAGGCAUUCGAGAAGAUCGCGCUCUGGAAGGCCGGCGUCAUGCCCAUCCAGUACCGCCGGGUCAAGUGCCUCCGUGAAGGUGGUGUGCGGUUCACAGUCUCCGGGAAGGGCUCCUUCUUCACGGUUCUAAUAAGCAACGUUGGUGGCGCUGGCGAUGUCAGAUCAGUGAAGCUCAAAGGAACGGAGUCUGGGUGGCUCUCCAUGGGCCGCAACUGGGGCCAGAUAUGGCACAUCAACCUAGAUCUUGCGGGGCAACCGGUGUCCUUUGAGCUCACCUCAAGCGAUGGCACGACGAUGACCAACUUUAACGUUGUGCCCAAAGAUUGGGAAUUUGGCAAAACUUACACCGGCAAGCAGUUCCUGCUCUAGAAAGGGAUUACCAAUAGGGCCUCAUAGUUAUUCUUCUUUUAUCCCGCAAGUUGGUUGUACUGUAUAUUCCUCUGAGGAACAAGACUAUUAGGGAGAAAGUUAUAAUCUCUACUGUAUAUUCCUCUGGGGUAGGA